AGGGGUGUGGUUGCUCUCUCCUUCAAGUUCCUCUCAUUCUUACUGGGCACCCCUCCCCUCAUUUCCCCUCACCGCCACCCCCGCCCCACCCCCUCCCUGUGUUUCUGUGCUAACCGACGCCCGAGGGGAAAGUUAUAUUCCGAGGGGAAAAUUAUUAUUCGAAGGAGGAAAAUUUUUUAAGAAGGUGAGGAAAACCAGCGUCCUCUCCCCUCAGCUCCCCUCCUCCUUGAAGGCAUGGAGGAUACCGGCAGUUUCAAGAGCAGCGUGGAGUCGUGGGUGACCGGCAUGAUGAACGGGAUGGAUUCUUGCACGCAAAAUGGAACGACUUCUUCCAAUUCUUCUCAAAGCGGUCACAUCGAGGAGAGUAAAACAAACCUCAUUGUAAACUACUUGCCUCAGAACAUGACCCAGGAGGAGAUCAGAUCCCUCUUCUCCUCCAUAGGGGAGUUGGAAUCGUGCAAACUCAUCAGGGACAAAGUUACAGGAGUUUCCCAAGGACAGAGCCUCGGGUACGGCUUCGUGAAUUACGUGCGGCAGGAUGACGCAGAGAGGGCCAUCAACCAACUCAACGGACUGCGCCUCCAGAACAAGACCAUCAAGGUCUCAUACGCCCGUCCCAGCAGCGAGGCCAUCAAGGGGGCUAACCUGUACGUGUCAGGCCUCCCCAAAAGCAUGACACAGCAGGAUCUAGAGAACAUGUUCAGACCGUAUGGUUCAAUUAUCACCUCCCGCAUACUGUGUGACAACAUUACAGGUGAGAAACGCGCAGGUUUAUCUAAAGGCGUGGGUUUUAUACGGUUCGACCAGCGCAUAGAGGCGGAGAGAGCUAUACAGAAGCUGAAUGGCACGAUCCCUGACGGUGCCGCUGAGCCUAUCACUGUUAAAUUCGCUAACAACCCUUCAAAUAACAACAAGGCGGUUCCUCCUCUCGCCGCCUACUUGUCCCCGCUGACCAGACGCUACGGAGGGCCAAUCCAUCACCCAGCUGGACGCUUCCGCUAUAUUCCACUAUCGCCGCUCACAAGACAUAGCUUGGUGUUUCCUCAAGUGAAAACUGUAGAUUCUCUGCCGGAGCAGUCUACUGAGAUCUCGCAAGAUAUGAAAAGCAAGUUAGUAACCCCUGGGGGCGCUGGAAGGCGGGCACGUGACACGCAAAUUGCCACCGGGGAAGAUGAGCACGAGACAAGGUACUCGCCGGGGAGCGGGGACAACCUGCUGGGCAACUCGCUGCUUCCGGGGAGCGCCCUGAACGGGUCUGGGUGGUGCAUAUUCGUGUACAACCUGGCGCCGGAGACGGAGGAGAACAUCCUGUGGCAGCUGUUCGGGCCGUUCGGCGCCGUGCAGAACGUGAAGGUGAUCCGCGACCUGCAGACCAACAAGUGCAAGGGCUUCGGCUUCGUCACCAUGACCAACUAUGACGAAGCGGUGGUGGCCAUCCAGUCCCUCAACGGCUACACCCUGGGCAACCGCGUGCUGCAGGUCUCCUUCAAGACAAACAAACACAAGAGUUAAGGCGCCACCCCGCCACCCACCAACAACACCCCGCGCCCCCCGCCGCGACCCCCGCCCCCGCCCGCGCCCCACGGCCCGCACCGCCUCCAGUCACCCAAACCCCGCUGGCGGGCGACGCCCCCACGGCCCCCCAUAACGGCGUGGCCGACCCCGGUGGCCGCGUGCUAGUCAGGUGCAGAGGACCCGGGGCGCCCCACCUCGUCCCCGGCAGCGGGGCGGGGCGCUACCCCCCCGCCCGCCACGCUCACAAGAGUCGCCGUUGCGGGGGCCGCCGCCGCCGCCGCCGCCGCCCGCCCCCCGCCAUCCAAAUAUAUGUAUAUUAGAACGUACUACUACAACAACUACAACUACUCUUACUACUGCUACUACUACUACUAUUAUUAUUACAACUACUACUACUACUACUACUGCUGCUCUACAACUGUCACUACUACUACUACUACUAUUACUAUUACUACUACUGUCACCACCACAAGUACUACAACUACUACUACAACUACUACCGCAGUUACAAACACUGAGCAAGGGUCAGCCCGGAGCAGAGGCCGCCGCAGCCCGCCAGGCAGGGGCUGCCGCGCCGCGCCGCGCCGCGCCGCGAGGACGUAUCACACGGUGCUAGUCGCACUCUAAGGCAGCAGCAGCAGCAGCAGCAGCGGGCCGCCGCCGCCGCCGCCGCGCGCCGCUCACCGCUGAUAUCAUUACUAAUGUAAGUCGUCAACGUGUCGAGUCCUCAAAACCUCGUGUGAAUGGCAGCGUCGCGGGCGGCGGGCGUGGGCGCCGCCCCGCCCACGCCCGCCCCUCUCGGCUAUUAUUUAUUAAUAUUUAUCUCAUAUUUAAAGCUAAGUGUAUUUUUAUUGUGUUUACUAUGUACACUUGGAUCAGGAGUGUAAGGAAUGAUUUCGCCAGCCAGUCAGUCAGUCAGUCAGUCAGUCAGUCAGUCAGUGUCUGUCAGUCAGUUCGCCGAAAGGAGCUUCUUCACGCCUUGGUUCGCUUGGCGCCGCAGCGGGCGACAGCCGCCGCCGCGCCGCAGCGCCGCGUCGCCUCCGCCGCAGAAUCUCAUCCUGGUUUAGUUUGCGUUGCUUUGAGCGAGGAAGCAAGUUUGUGUUUAGUUCCGCGGUGACCGUCGCGCCGCGUGACGUGACGUGACGUGACGUGCCCAGACGAGACGUGCAGGACGGCCGCGUGGCGAGCGCCGCCGUGCGCCGCCACCACGUGCCGCCGCCGCCGCCGCCGCCGCCGUCGCCUCCACCGCGAAUGGAGAAAACGUUAUUUAGUUUCCUUUUUUUCCAAUGUCACGUUUGUUUGUUUGUUUGUUUUGUUUGUGAACCACCACAGAUGUCACUGUCACUCCACACUUUAGUUCUUGAAUGGCUGAGAAAUAAAUUUAGUUUGUUUCUUUGA